AUGGACUCCAGAGCUGUUGUGGGAAGCGCUUCGACCACUCGACCAGUCGCGUCAAAGUCCAGAAAUCACCAACAAUUAUCGCCUUCGGAGUCGCUAGUGGCAGGAGCUGUUGCUGGAGCCAUCGAAGCCUCUGUAACUUAUCCUACGGAAUAUCUUAAGACGAGAUCACAGCUGAGGUCAGCCUCGGGGCAAACUGUGAGCGCUCUGAAGAUCCUACAGCAGACAAUCUCCCACCAAGGGCUCUCCGGCUUGUACACUGGAUGUUCUGCAUUGGUAGCAGGCACAGCAGUGAAAGCCGGUGUACGAUUUCUUGCCUUCGACUCAAUCAAGAAUGCGCUUGCCGACGACUCUGGUCGUCUCUCUACAGUAAAUGGCAUCCUCGCCGGGAUGCUGGCAGGCGCAGCAGAAAGCGUGGUGGCAGUAACACCGACCGAGAGAAUCAAGACUGCCUUGAUCGACGAUGUGAAGGGCGCGAAACGAUUUCGAUCCACUCUGCACGGCAUUACGGUUCUUGUACGCGAGCAGGGGUUGACUGGCGUAUACCGUGGCCUUAUUUCGACAACUAUGAAGCAAUCAGCGACAUCUGCGGUGAGGAUGGGUACUUAUAAUGCAAUGAAAUCCAGGUAUAGGUCCAGGUACGGGCGUAGUCCGACAGGUAUCGCAGAGACAUUCGUCAUGGGGGCGGCUUCUGGGGUGGUGACGGUAUAUGCAACUCAGCCUCUCGACACAGUCAAGACACGGUCACAGAGCGCUCGCGGCGAGCGUAUGGGUGCUGCAAUUGUGAGCAUCUGGCGAGAUGGAGGGCUUCGAGCAUUUUGGAGAGGCAGCACGAUGCGACUGGGUCGUUUAGUGUUUUCGGGCGGCAUAGUGUUCGCUGCGUACGAGCAGAUCUCUCAGCUGAUGCGCCUGACAGCGUCUGGCUGCUCAUAG